AUGGGUGGAGAUAACAGUAGUGGAAGAACAGCUAAACUGAACCAUAGUAGUACUAGAUUUAACCCACCACCUCGCCGGGCCUUCGUCAUCACCCGGAGCAACAAACAGACCCACGAAAUCACCGUCGACUUAUCGACCCGCUCCAUUAUCUCCGACCAUGUUUACAAAGGCUAUGGAUACCCUUUAAUGACCAACGAAGAACAGCUAGCUGCGAGUCAAUUACCACUAACGUACGCACCAUUUAAGGCGUCGGUUAGCAAGAGGGGGCUUAACUUAUCGGAAGUGGUUUGUGGGACUUACUCGAUUGGGUGGUUCGGAGAGACGAACAAGAAGAAGCAACGGAGGUUGUUGAAGAUUCUCUGCAAUUACUUGAACGGAACGGUGAAUCCCUACGCUAGACCGUUGGAGGGUAUAACAGCGGUGGUUGACCUUGACAUCAUGAAGAUAACGGAAUAUGAUGAUAGGUUAACAGUUCCGGUACCUAAAGCUGACGGGACUGACUAUCGAUCAUCAAAGCAGAAGCCGCCGUUUGGUCCAAAUGCUGGGCGGACCACGAUUGUGCAACCGGAUGGACCGGGGUUUAACAUCACCGGCCACACUGUCAGGUGGGCUGAUUGGAAACUUCACCUGAGCUUCGACAUCCGGGCAGGUCCUAUCAUAUCGGCAGCAUCGAUUUAUGACCUCAAGAAGCAAGAAUUCCGGCAAGUACUAUACAGAGGAUACGUAUCGGAGCUGUUUGUUCCAUACAUGGAUCCAACUCAAGAGUGGUACUACAAGACCUUUUUUGAUGCAGGUGAAUUCGGUUUGGGCCUAUGUGCAGUAUCACUUGAGCCCAAAACUGACUGCCCGGCUAAUGCAGUAUUCAUGGAUGGGUACUAUGCUGGGCAGCAUGGAAAGCCCAUUAAGGUUACAAAUGCUCUCUGUGUGUUUGAACGUUACGCCGGAGAUAUCAUGUGGAGGCAUACGGAAAGCGGCAUUCCGGGAGAAGUUAUAAGGGAGGUUCGACCGGAGAUAAACCUAGUAGUGAGGAUGGUUUCAACCGUGGGCAACUAUGACUACAUUAUUGAUUGGGAGUUCAAGCAAACUGGCACCAUAAAAGUUGGGGUUGGGCUUACAGGUAUAUUGGAAGUGAAGGGUGUAACAUAUACUCACACGGACCAAAUAAAGGAGGAUGCCUAUGGAACACUCUUAGCAGAAAACACCAUUGGCGUAUACCAUGAUCACUUCCUCAACUUCCACCUUGACCUCGAUGUUGAUGACAAAGACAAUUCAUUCGUCAAGUCCAAAUUACAGACAACCAGAGUGAUGGACAAUAUCUCAGCAAGGAAAAGUUAUUGGUCACUUGUUAAAGAAGUGGCUAAACAUGAAUCUGAUGCGAGGAUUAAGCUUGGCUUGGAACCAGCUGAGCUUUUGGUGGUGAAUCCUAAUAAGAGGACUAAGAUGGGGAACCACAUUGGCUACCGUCUCGUUCCAGGUUUUCCAGUGGCCUCCCUUCUCUCCGAUGAUGACUAUCCACAGAUCAGAGGUGCUUUCACCAAUUACCAAGUGUGGGUCACUCCCUAUAACAAAUCUGAGAAGUGGGCAGGUGGUUUAUAUGCUGAUCAGAGCCAUGGGGAUGAUACUUUAUCCAUUUGGAGUCUCAGGAACAGAGAAAUUGAGAACAAGGACAUUGUCUUGUGGUACACUUUAGGCUUUCAUCAUGUCCCUUAUCAAGAAGAUUUUCCGGUGAUGCCGACACUAAGUGGGGGAUUUGAACUCCGGCCCUCAAAUUUCUUUGAGAACAACCCAGUUCUGAAAACAAAAAAGCCUAAGAAUGUGGAAUGGCCUAAGUGCACCAACAAGACUAGUUAAAUUUCUUCUUCAAUUUUUGUUAUAUAAGAUUAGAUCAAGAACAUAGUCUCAGGAAUUACGGAAUAAAAUUUUCAAGUUGCUCCUUCCUCUCAAAAUUUUGUCCUCAGUUAUAGUAUUCGGUUGGCCUUGGUUGGUCAGUGUUUAAGCUCAACACAUUUAAUAAUCAAUGUAGCUGGUUUUGAGCUUCAAA